GUCUGAGAGAGGAAAACAAAUGACGUAACACCGCGCCGCCAAUCAGAGCUUUGAAUGCGGGUUCAAAUGUCAUAAGAGGCGGAAGCGGGAUUACCAUAUUUCAAGUAGAACGCUACGGGGUGUGUGAUGUCACAGCGCUUAUACAGCAAGGUGUUGGGCUUUUUGGGCUACACUCUUCAGUACGGCUGCAUCGCUCACUGCACGUUUGAGUAUGUUGGAGAGUUUGUUGUGUGUUCAGGACCGUCAAUGGAGCCAACCAUCACCAAUCACAACGUUGUUUUUUCAGAACGCCUCAGCAGACACUUAUACCGCAUCGAGAAAGGGGACAUUGUGAUCGCUAAGAGCCCAUUUGACCCAAAUAUGAACAUCUGUAAGCGAGUUAUUGGACUGGAAGGAGAUAAAGUCUGCACCAGUGGCCCCUCAGAUACAUUUAAGACACACACUUUUGUCCCAAGAGGUCACGUGUGGUUGGAAGGUGAUAAUCUACAGAACUCUACAGACUCGAGAAGUUACGGCCCCGUUCCCUAUGGACUCAUACAAGGACGAGUGUGUUUAAAGUUGUGGCCUCUACACAGUGUCGGCACGUUAAACGAGAGUCCGAACGCCAGACGCUUUGUACGCGCCGAAUAAAAGCGACCACAAAGACACACGCUUUUAAUAAUAAACUGGUAUUCAGGACAUCUCAGCUGCCUGGCUGUGCCUGGGACCUGCCUGGAGAAGAUAUGUUCCAGAAACCACAAUGACUUUUAUCUACAUCAUCUUUUUAACAAGCAGGAUACCAGAAAAAUACAAAGGAUUUAAAGUACAAAGGAAUUUGCAUUGAAAUGUACUGAAAUAUUUAAAAAAGUAUAAAGUAACAAAUGAAUGUAAUAAUUUCCUUUUGGGUCCUGAGUUCUGACACACGGAUAAAUUAUUUAUGGUUUAAUUUUACGGUGAUAUGAAUUUGGCUUUUAAUAAUACAAAUAUCAAUGAAACUAAAAUGUGCUGAGUUUGCAUUUUUUUCUUUUUCACUCCUAGAAAUGUAAUCGUGUAAAAUUAGUUUUCAAUCAAAUAUCUGUGUGUGUGUCUCUUUCUCUGAGUCUGUGUGUGUGCCUGUGUCUGACUGUCUGUGUGUCUCUGUGUGUGAUUCUCUGUGUCUCUUUUUCUCUUUCUCUGUGUGUGUGUGAUUGUCUGAGUGUGUAUGUUUCUCUUUCUCUGUGUGUGUGACUCAGUGUUUGUGUGUGUGUGUGUCUCUGUGUUUGAGAGACACACAAUACAAUAUUGUUUCUUAAAAAUAAAAUAUUUGGUAUUUUUUGUUAUUAA